UGCGUUUCCCAUCCGUAGACCCUCGUUCGGCAUUUUCCGAGCUUCUUUGAACGCCCCAGCAGCACCGCGCAUGAUGCUCAUCAAAGGCUGAUGGCAGCGACACGGCAAUCUUCUUUUCCAACACCACGACGUCCUUCUCGUCUAUGAACUGAACUCAAAACGCUCGCCUUCACAUGGGUUGAUGGUUUGAGUCCAAUAUAUUAGUCUCAAAGGCCUUUUUUCCCCCCACCCUUCGGGGUGGUUUUAGCGUCGCUACGGGUUUUGUGUCUUGUCACUUCCGGGGGUGCUUGGUAGUGAAUUAUUGUUAUCAUUAAUAUUUUUAUUAUUAUUGUUGUUGUUAAAACACCAUCUCGCCGGAGGACAAAGUAGUUGAGACUUGAUGCUUCGUGGUGGCAAGAUGGAGGAGUUUGUCACGGAGGAAGAGGAGCCUUGGUACGACCAACGUGACUUGGAGCAAGACUUGCACCUGGCAGCCGAGCUGGGUAAAACUCUCCUGGAGCGCAACAAGGAGCUGGAGGACUCCCUGCAGCAGAUGUACGUCAACAAUGAGGAGCAAGUGCAGGAGAUUGAGUACCUGUCCAAGCAGCUGGAGAUGUUGCGGGACAUGAACGAGCAGCACGCCAAAGUCUACGAGCAGCUGGACGUGACCGCCAGAGAGUUGGAGAUCACUAAUGAGAAGCUGGUGCUGGAGAGCAAGGCCUCGCAGCAGAAAAUAGACAGGUUGACGGGCACCAUGGAGACGUUGCAGGGUCAGGUGGACACUCUGACCACACGAGUAGAGGAGCUGAGAACUUUGGAGGAGCUGAGGGUCCUCAGAGAGCGCAAAGAACGACGCAAGACAGUCCACUCCUUUCCUUGCCUUAAAGAACUGUGCACUGCACCAAGCUACGAGGACGGCUUCCUGCUGGCCAACCCGGGCAGCGUGGAUUUGGUCGAGCGACAGCCGGCAGAGGAGGAGAACGAGCGUCUGAGAGGCGUGGCCUCGUCUCUGCGCGCCGCCGUCUCCGCCGAGCGCUCCAAGCGGGAAGGAGCGGAGCGCGAGUGCGCCGCCGUGCUGCAGGAGUUCAUACGCCUGGAGGAGCGACUCCUGGGCGCCGAGGGCUGCCAGCUGCGAGUUCGGGAGCUGGAGGCGGAGCUCCGGGAGAUGCAGCUGCUGAGGAAGUCCAGGGUGAGUUUGACGGAGGACGGCAUGGAGUCGCUGCUCGGCAACGGGCCGGAGACGGACACGCCCGAUGACGAUAACGGCGCGGCGGCUUCGGAGGCGACGGGCGACGCGGGCGAGGCGGGAGCGCCCGUGAGGAAAAGCUGCAGUGACACGGCUCUGAACGCCAUCAGCAUCCGCGACCCCCCGGGCAGGCGGCAGGCGGGACGCAAGCGAGGAAUGUCCAUCCUGAGCGAGGUGGACGAGCAGUACCACGCCCUGCUGGAGAAGUACGAGGAGCUGCUGGGCAAGUGUCGGCGCCACCAAGACGACCUUUGUCACGCCGAGGUGCAGACCUCCCGACCCGUGUCCAGGGACCCCUCCAUCAAGGACUACGGCCUGGCUGUGGCGGAGGAGGCGCGGGCCCCGCCCACUCCCCCUCACGCUCCCUCCACGCCGGAAGCCCUGGAGGGCAUCAGCAGGCAGGUGGAGCAGGUGGACCAGCGCCUGGGGCAGAACACGCCCGAGUACAAGACCCUCUUCAAGGAGAUCUUCUCCCGCCUGCAGAAGACCAAGAGCGACGUCAACGCCGGCAAGAGCAGGAAGAGCCACAAGUGACCUUUGACCCCUGCUUCAAGGGGCCAUCUUUCAGACGUAAUCAAGUCGUCUUGUUUCAAGCCGAGAUGCAGAUUAUUACUCUCUAACAUGCAGGAGUGUCUGGAAAGGUGAUUUAACCCUCAGGGGACUAAAAAAAGGUGGUUUUUUUGUCCUUAAAGUAAAUGUUUGCUGUGUUUUGGUGUUAAUUAUUCAUAAUUCAAAGGGGGUUAUUUCAUGUAAAAUAAAUCUCCAAUAUUAAUAUUAUAAGGAUAACAAAAAUAUUUUGGAUUUUUUUUGCUCAGAUCUCUCAAACAAAAAUAAAACAAAAUUAAAAUGUAUUUACAUAAAAAUACCAACACAAAUCCCCAACUAGUAAUGAUUCAUUUUAAGAUUUUGAAGGUCUUUUGAUCAAAUGUUAGUUUUCAGUAAUUAGUUUUAAAUGAUGUACUAUUACCGGUAUGUUAGCAUACAUCGUUUUACUAAUUUAAACAUGCGACAUUAUUGAUCAAAAUGCUUUUUUAGAAGAUCAAAGUAAAUGAAACAUAUUACAUGUGAUACUUUGAGUGCUGUUUUUUUUUUUUUUUUGAGAAAUCUGAACGAAAAGGCCAAAAAAAUAUAUAUAUAUAUAUAUAAUAUUCUUUUAAAAGCCUAAAUAAUUGUGUCCUGUUUGGCUUGAUAAUUAAAAUAUCCCCAGAGGGUUAAAUAAUCUUUUAAUCCUCCGCCUGUUCCAUAAUCACGCUGCAACAUUUCACCUCUUAU